GUGGACUUUAGCAGCUUAGUAGUCGUACAUGAGUGCGCCUGACAAAUUAGUGUCAAGAAAGUCACACAAAUCUAACAAAAGGUCCAUAUCCGGCGGUGGGAGUGUGUUUUGGCAAGCUUCGGUUCGUUCGCUUCGGCAAAGAGACACGGGGAAGUGGUGCGAAAGAUCAAUAGCGGGUUCAAGUAGCCACCAGGAAAAAGUCACCGGCGCCCUCCAACCAAUACCCGGCUUGUCAUGGCUUCCCUCGGUAACUCGGGGGCCACCUCGAGUCCAAUGGUUCUGUUGGCCCCGAAGACUAAAACGAAAAAGAAACAUUUUGUGCAGCAAAAGGUCAAAGUCUUUCGUGCCAGUGACCCGGUUUUGAGUGUGUUCAUGUGGGGCGUAAAUCACUCGAUCAACGAUCUUAGCCAGGUCCCCGUACCUGUCAUGCUUUUGCCUGACGACUUUAAAGCCAACACUAAGAUCAAAGUUAACAACCAUCUCUUCAACAAAGAGAAUCUUCCAGGACAUUUCAAGUUCAAAGAAUACUGUCCCCAGGUGUUCCGCAAUCUAAGGGAGAGGUUUGGAAUUGAGGAUCUCGACUAUCAGGUGUCACUCACCCGUAGCCCCCCUUUGAGGAGUGCUGAUGCCCAGGGAGAGGGCCUGCUCCUCAAUUCCUAUGACCGCACACUGGUUGUCAAGCAGAUUUCUAGUGAGGAUGUGGCAGACAUGCACAGUAUACUGUCCGAUUACCACCAGCACAUAGUGAAGUGUCACGGCAGCACCCUGCUUCCACAGUUUCUGGGCAUGUAUCGGGUUAGUGUGGAGAGCGAGGAGACGUACAUGAUUGUCAUGAGGAACAUGUUCAGCCACAGACUAGUGGUACACAGGAAAUAUGACCUGAAGGGUUCUUUGGUGUCUCGUGAAGCAAGUGACAAAGAAAGGGUAAAAAAAAAACUCUUAACGUGCUCCUGUGUCAUUUGUUGGUAUCACUAUUUGUAUAGUUGUCUCCUCCUAAUUCGUAACUGCCCUCUAAAGAUGUAUUUUAUUCCUAAGGUCAAAGAGCUUCCCACCUUCAAAGACAUGGACUUUAGGAACAACAUGCAGAAGGUGUAUGUUACUGAGGAGCAGAAGGAGAAGUUCAUGGAAAAACUCAAUAGAGAUGUGGAGUUCUUAGUGAAGCUGAAGAUCAUGGACUACAGCCUGCUGCUUGGUAUCCAUGAUGUUGGCCGGGCUGAGCGGGAGGAGGAAGAAGGGGGAGAGGAACCUUCCAACGAGGAAGAUAUAGAGACAGAGAAUGGCCUUGCACCAUCCCAUACAGUGGGCUCCUAUGGCACUUCUCCAGAAGGCAUUGCUGGUUACAUGGCCUGCUGCAAACCCCUUGGGCCUGGGGAAUUCGACCCCUAUGUGGACGUGUAUGCAGUCGGGAGUGUUCCAGGAGCACCUCAGAGGGAGGUCUACUUCAUGGGUCUGAUUGAUGUUCUCACUCAGUAUGAUGCCAAGAAGAAAGCUGCUCACGCAGCAAAAACUGUCAAACACGGGGCUGGUGCUGAGAUCUCCACAGUCCACCCUGAGCAGUAUGCCAAACGAUUUCGUGAAUUCAUCUCUAACAUUUUUGCAUAGCAUUCCAUAGUUAAGACCGCUGCCAUUGAUCAGUACAACUUCCAACCUAGAUUUCAGAGGUUUUCUUCCUUUGCCUUGCUGCUAUUCUGUAACACUCUUAACAUUGACCAAAAAAAUGUAUGCAUAAGCAGAUAUUUUUUUUAGUCUGGUGAUCUGAGAUAAGACUACAUCCAUUGUUGAUAUACAACUACUGACACUUAUUUAUUUUAAGAUUUGUGAGAUGAAUUUAAUAUUCAUAAGCACUCCAGCUGACUUUGGAACAAAAUGGUACAUGAAAAUAGACUGCUGCUGGUCCAUGUUCAUCAGUGUAAAACUGGAUCAGUUAGGACAAGCAACACUUUUUUUGCAGUUCUUUUUGUCACUAUGGUCUGUGUUCACAGACGAGGACUAUGCUCAAUUCUGGAGAAUUUUUUUAUGGAAAUGUGCAUAGCAGACAUGUUAGUCUAGGAACCAGAAACCAAGAAUUAAGCUCUUUGUCAAUGAGAAAUAGGCCAUUUGAGUGUUUGCUUUAAUCUGUGUGGUGUGCCAAAUUGAUGUAGAGGGGAAACAGUGUACCUGUUUUCAUAAUGACCGAGUUGGCUUUACAUUUUCAUGACAGUUUCUUUGACCCGACUGGUUCAGUCAAAUACAAAUAAGUCUUGAAAGGAUUUCCUUUGUUUUAUCCAAGAUUUUUAUCAGAUAUGUAACUAAAAACAGAGCAAAGCCCAGUUCUUUUAAAAUCAUGCCAUGGAAUUUAGAAAUUCCAAAAUGAAAUCUUCUCCUGUGAAGAUUUUAGACAACGCUGUAUGUGUGCAACCAUGGCCUAAAGUGGGGAUGUACUGAAGCCAACCUAAAUGUGACUGACAAGCCAAAUUUGGUUUGGUCUUUCUAAUGAAAUGAACAAUGUUUAAAGGGGAUUUGAUCUUUUUUUCAAACCUGAUAUCAAAUCAUCCUCGAAUAUGGUCCCAAACAUGUCAGUUGGUUCAGACUUUUGAACAUUUGAAAUGGUGCAGUGCUUUGUACAUCAAGGUGUGCUACAUGAGUCAUCAUGACAGGGUAAAUUAUGUAGAAUAUAUCUGUAGAACUAGGGGUCAAUCCAUUUUCUUUGUAUUGCAAUGCCACUGGAGAAAACUCCAGUGUUAGCUUGGGGAUGAUGUAAUUUUUAAGAAAGGAAGAAAAAAAAAUCAAAAGCUUUAUGCAAUUCACUCAGAGUGGUGAAUGUUGACGUAGCAUUCCAAUACACUGGAGAGGCAGGAGUUACUAUAUGAUGCCUUGUGAACCUAUGAUUGCACACCUUGUAUUUUUGCAAAACAGCUUUUGGACCAAAAUAUAUUUUGCAAAGA